AGAGGGCUCCCCUUCCGGUAGCCAGCCCCGUUCUUCCGCGGCCGGCGGCAGCACCAUGAAAGCUGAACAUGUUCUCUGCCAGGAAUGGGUCUGGCAUUUUCAGAGCUGUCAGACUGCCUCAUUGCAAAUCCCGUUCUGUAUCCAGAGCCUCUCCAAACCUGACUUUCGUGCCAGCCUGUCUUCCCCCAGAUCCUGCAGAAGUGGAGGAGCUGCAGCGCUUUGUUUCUAACUCCAAGAGGCUGUUUGUAAUGACUGGAGCUGGAAUCUCCACUGAGUCAGGGAUCCCCGACUACCGCUCUGAGGGCGUGGGGCUCUACGCCAGGACAGACAGACGGCCCAUCCAGCACGCUGAGUUUGUCCGCAGCGCCAGUGCCCGGCAGCGCUACUGGGCAAGGAAUUUCGUGGGCUGGCCCCAGUUCUCCUCCCACCAGCCAAACAAGGCACACCUGGUGCUGAGAGACUGGGAGAAGCUGGGCAAGCUGCACUGGCUGGUGACCCAGAACGUGGAUGCCCUUCACGCCAAAGCCGGGAGCCAGCGCAUGACAGAGCUGCACGGCUGCAUUCACAGGGUUUUCUGCUUGGCCUGUGGAGACCGAAUCUUGCGUUCUGAGCUCCAGGAGCACUUUGAAGCUCUGAAUCCUACUUGGAAAGCUGAAGCGUUUGGGGUGGCUCCGGAUGGGGAUGUCUUCCUGACGGACGAGCAGGUGCGCAAUUUCCGAGUCCCAGCCUGCCGUAAGUGUGGUGGGAUCCUGAAGCCUGAUGUGACCUUCUUUGGAGACACAGUGAGCCAGGAAAAAGUCAGUUUUGUCCACCAGCGCCUGGCAGAAUCAGACUCCAUGCUGAUAGCAGGAUCCUCUAUGCAGGUGUACUCUGGUUACAGGUUUGCUCUUGCUGCCCGGGAGAAGAAGCUGCCAAUUGCAGUCCUUAACAUUGGGCCCACCAGGUUAGAUCACUUUGCAUCCUUGAAGCUGAAUUCCCGCUGUGGGGAGCUGCUGCCUUUGAUUGUUUGCACAUGACCCAACCAGCUGAGCUUCAGCAGCUAUCAGGAUUAAAGUUAUUUUUACAAGGACUUAUCUCAGAAAGGGGAAAACUUCAAUCCAAGAGGCAGCUGUGAGAUGCGGUGUACAGCCGCUAAGGGCACCAGGAGAGGGCAGCAAGCCUCACACGAGUCAGCCUCACCAGUUCUCUCCACUGAAACCAUCUCCACGUAGCAGGAAACAGAAUGAGGAUGAAAAAAAAUGAACUUUUCUACCUUACCUUGCCGUUAAACAGUGCCUUGCAUUCACUGGGACAGGAUAAAUGGACUACCACCUCUGAGGACAAAAUACCUUUCUUUUAAUUGUCCCCAGAGGAGAAGGGGGUGUCAGGGAUUUUGACCAGGUAAUUUGAGGCUGUAGCACAGGAGGGCGAUGUGGGACCCUGCUGGAGGAUCCAGUGUCACCGGUGGGAUACUGUGGAGUGUGCAAAGAGGAAAAGGAGGCAAGAGGAACUGCAAUGGUCACUUUAAAGAAAAAAGGUUCAAAGUAGAAGCUGAACAAGAACACUGCUCUUGUAACAGAUUAUUUGGAAGCACAAACUAUAGGGCUGAUGUCUUCCAGCAAGGAGGAGAAGUCAGCAUUUCUCUUAACUGUCAGAUGACAAGCUAAACUGCUUCCUAUCCAACCCCUUUAAAAAUUAAAUAUUGUUGAGAUGCCAGAGGAGCUAAUCUGACCAGCACUACUUUCAGUGAGGCCACUACAUUUUCCAGAAUGCAUUUCUGAAGAUGUUAUUUCAUUAAUAAAUAGCUAAGGAAUCAAUUAAAAUUGUUUAGAAGAUUGA